ACACACACACACACACACCAACAACAGCUGAAUCACACGCCCACAGAGUGGCCAGAGUGAAGAGUGCUUCGGGCGGUGUAUCGCCGUGUGAGUGAGUGUGUUAUUUUUGCCCCUUCACUGGAGAUUUUCACAUUUCGGCCCCCCCACCCCACCCCCCCACGGAGCGUAACCAUGGACCGGGAGCUGAACCUGAACCGGGCCGAGACCUUCUCCUUCAUCAACCCCUGGAUCCGAUACUUUCUCUUCUUCUUCAGCUUCUUGUUCUGGGUGUUCUCCCUGCUGAUCGUGGCUAUGGGGGUCUAUGCUAAAGUGCAGAAAGCAACAGACACCGUACGAGACACAUUCCUCAUCGACCCGGCUGUCAUCCUGAUGGUGGUGGGGGUGGUGAUGUUCUUCAUCACUUUCUGCGGCUGCAUCGGAGCGCUGCGUGAGAACAUUCGCCUCCUGAAGAUCUUCUCGCUCAGUCUUACUCUGGUUUUUCUCACUCAGUUGGCCAUAGCUGUGCUCGGCUUUUUCUACUCAGACCAGACUAGGGAUGCGCUUGGAAAGUUUGUGAAGAAAGCCAUUGUCCACUACAGAGAUGACCUUGACCUACAGAACCUCAUGGACUACAUACAGAAAGAGUUCACAUGCUGUGGCUGGAACAACUACACUGACUGGUCCUGGAACCUGUAUUUUAACUGUACCCAUGGCAACCCCAGCACUGAGCGGUGUGGAGUCCCCUACUCCUGCUGUACCCCUGUGCCGGGAGAGGCAGUGAUCAACACCAUGUGUGGCUUUGGGGUGCAGACGCAGAACUACCUGGAGGCGACCAAGUCUGUGUAUGCGGUGGGCUGUGCUGACCAAGCGGUCCAGUGGAUCGAGUCUCAUCUUUUGCUGGUGGGGACCCUGGCCCUGGGAUUCGCCCUGCCACAGAUCGCAGGAAUUGUGCUUUCCCAGAUCCUCAUCUCUCAAAUCCAGAGUGAGAUCAGCUCAAUGAUGUGAAGACAAGGGAAU